GCACAGGUGGGUGCACUGCUGGGCACAGGUGGGUGCACUGCUGGGCACAGGUGGGCGGAGCUAGUGGGCGCACUGCUGGGCACAGGUGGGCGGAACUUGCGGGUGGCACUGCUGGGCACCGAUCAUCAGGGCACUGAUCAUCAGUGCCCUGAUGAUCGCGUGAGGAAAGUGCAGCCGAGAACCGGCACUUGCAUUUCCCUCUGAUCAGCGUGUCAUUGGACAACGCUGAUCACGUGGUAAAAGGCCGCUGUGAUUGGCCUUUUACCACAUCACGUGAUCAGCUGUG